GGGACGCGGGCUACGCAUGCGCGCUCAUUGCAUCAGCUGCAGGGUCCGUGCUGGCGGCUGGAACCGAGAAGACUGCGUUUGCUGCGGUGUCUCUCGCGCCGGUGUGGUGCCGUGCGCCCGGAAACUAAGAAAAGAAGGGCUAGAGUAAGUGUUCCCCUCGGCCGCUCGAGUCGGUACUAUAGUAUUUCCUUCCCGUCAGGCCAGGGCUGUAGGGACCAGACCCCGCCCCCUUCCCGGCCUAGACUCCCUUUCCCUCCCUGCCCCUUUCCCACCGGGGACCCCCUCAUUUCCUCUUGUUCUGCCUGCGAAUCCCCGCCAAAGUCAUGAAGCUCGUGAGGAAGGACAUUGAGAAAGACAAUGCGGGCCAGGUGACCCUGGUCCCCGAAGAACCUGAGGACAUGUGGCACACCUACAAUCUAGUGCAGGUGGGCGACAGCUUGCGUGCCUCCACCAUCCGCAAGGUACAGACUGAGUCCUCCACGGGCAGCGUAGGAAGCAACCGGGUCCGCACUACUCUCACUCUCUGCGUGGAGGCCAUCGAUUUUGACUCUCAAGCCUGCCAGCUGCGGGUUAAGGGGACCAACAUCCAAGAGAAUGAGUAUGUCAAGAUGGGGGCUUACCACACCAUCGAGCUGGAGCCCAACCGCCAGUUCACGCUGGCCAAGAAACAGUGGGACAGUGUGGUUCUGGAGCGCAUCGAGCAGGCCUGUGACCCAGCCUGGAGCGCAGAUGUGGCGGCUGUGGUCAUGCAGGAAGGCCUCGCCCAUAUCUGCUUAGUCACUCCCAGCAUGACCCUCACUCGGGCCAAGGUGGAGGUGAACAUCCCUAGGAAACGGAAAGGCAACUGUUCCCAGCAUGACCGGGCCUUGGAGCGAUUCUACGAACAGGUGGUCCAGGGUAUCCAGCGCCACAUAAACUUUGAUGUUGUGAAGUGCAUCCUGGUGGCCAGCCCAGGAUUCGUGAGGGAGCAGUUCUGCGACUACAUGUUUCAACAAGCAGUGAAGACCGACAACAAAGUGCUCCUGGAAAACCGGUCCAAAUUCCUUCAGGUACAUGCCUCCUCUGGACACAAGUACUCCCUGAAAGAGGCCCUUUGUGACCCUUCUGUAGCUAGCCGCCUUUCAGACACUAAAGCCGCUGGGGAAGUAAAGGCUUUGGAUGACUUCUAUAAAAUGUUACAACAUGAACCUGACCGAGCUUUUUAUGGACUCAAGCAGGUAGAGAAAGCCAAUGAGGCUAUGGCAAUCGACACAUUGCUCAUCAGUGAUGAGCUUUUCAGGCACCAGGAUGUAGCCACACGGAGCCGAUAUGUGAAGCUGGUGGACAGUGUGAAAGAGAAUGCGGGCACUGUUAGGAUAUUCUCUAGUCUUCAUGUAUCUGGAGAACAGCUCAGUCAGUUGACUGGAGUGGCUGCCAUUCUCCGCUUCCCUGUCCCUGAACUCUCUGACCAAGAGGAUGAUUCCAGUUCUGAGGAAGAUUAAUGAUUGGAACUUCUAACUUAGACAAUCCGUGUCUCCAUUGUUACAUUUCCUUAGCAUCCUGGCAGAAAGCUGCAAGGCACUUUGUGAUUCUUACAGGAAUUUCUCAUGUCUUUGGUCACACUAGGUAUUGUGUGAUUGGCAGGACAUGUAUUCAAACCAAACAAUAAAUUAAAAGGAAAUAAUCUCCACGUACUACCAUCUUUAUUAAAUAGGAUAAUUUACAUAGAAACUGUGAGUUAUUUGCAGUACUCAAAAAGCAUUUUGUGUAUUUAAUAAGAGUACCUAUAUAUUCUUUGGGAUAGAUCAUAAAAUCCCAGAUGUUUUUCCCUUGUCCUUUAGGAAAAGCUGUUUGGUAUUUCAUUAUCCUCAGUUACACUGUUUAUCUUAAUUCUACAUAGUGUUCUUGCGCUGUUUAAUGAUCCCUUUCUGCACUUUUUUAAGUUUUAAAUUUGCUAUUUUAAGUGAUGGCCAAAUAAUUGUAGACUUUUCUAGAAAACAAAUUUAAAAUGGUAUUUUUCUUAAGAAACUUGUUAAGCUCUUGGUGAAUUUUUGUUGUUGUUGUUACAAUUAAUAUUUGCUUUGGAGGACCACGUAAUUACUUUGGGAUCAUAGAGCUUUGACCUGCUAGGGAUUUCAAGAUAAGCUAUUCGAAGUAUUUUUAUUUUUAAAAUACAAUUAAAGUGUGUGAUUUACUUGUUAUGUGGCUAAUUAGUGCCAAAGCUGAAAGUAGUCCCCAGUCUAGACUCCCAUUUCUUUGCGCUACCACACUAUGUAUUUAGUUGGCUUAUCAUAAAUAUGCAUAGUGCUGUCUUAUAUUUCUAUGUGGCAUUAGUCUGUGCUUGCACAUUCUUAUUGGACUUUCCCUAGACCUUAAGUUGGGGUGAGAACACCUGUUCGGAAAGUUUGGUUAAGUCAUAUCUUUAGUAGUAGGUGGUAGCUGACUUGUAGUCCAAUACUUUUUACUGUAAUGAUGGAAUUUCUGCAAAUACCUGACUUUAAAGUAUUAUUUUCAUUAAGUGUCUUUGAUGCGCAUUUUUAAGAAUUAGGAAGGGCCCUGGAGUGUAAUUGCAUCCUGACCUUUUACAAACCUCAGCCUUAGCAAAAUAAUUAGGAAAGUCACUAUAAAGAAAAGAUAAUAAUUCAGUUUGCAACUGAUGGGUAUCUAACUCAAGUACAGAUACUAAGUAAAUUGUUGCUUGUCCUUUUUGUCUCUGGGCCUUUCUCCUGGGAUAGAUCCCAGGUUGCGAUUUUUCAUAAUUUCUGACUAAUGUGAGCUUUUUUUUUUUUUUUAUCUGUAAUUAGGAAUAGACACCUCCAUGUACUUUAAAAUUACAUUGUUACAUAUCUACCUCCUAAUCUAAAAAUAAUUCGGAUUGUGAUUAUGUCAGUGGAUAUUUAACUUUAAAAUAUAUGAAAAACAUGUUAUUGAAUCAUUUGGUAGUAUAGAAAGAAAUUGCUAAGACUUUUAAUGUCUUAUUUAAUGUCUGAUUGAUAAUGACUUAUAUUCUCAGUAAGAAUUUAAAGAUUUGGGGCAUAUAUUACUCUCAUAAUCAUAUGCAGUAUUGGUUAUUCCUAGGUCUGUUAUCUACAAUGAUAGAAAUCAGGAGAAAUAAAACCUACCCAUAAAUCUGACCAAUACAUUUUAGGUCAUAGGUUCUCAAACUAGCUGGUUGUUAGCCUGACCUUGAGAGCUUUUGAAACUCAAUACCCAGACUGGAUCCCAGGCUAAAUAACCUUCACCCUAGAAGUGAUGUUUUGUUUCGUUGUGUUUUGUUUUGUUUUGAUUUAAUCCCCAGGUGAUUCCAUUGGGUAUCAAUGCUGAGAACCAUUGAUUCAUGUCUUGCUAUUGGUCUAUGGACCACCAGCAGACUGGACCCAGGACCCUGAGAGCUUGUGGGAAAAUAGAGUCCAGGACCUACUCUGGACCUUGUGAGUUUCAAUCUGUAUUUUAACAUCUCCAGUUGAUUACUGUGUAUAAUACAAUCUGAUAAACAUAGGCAAUAGUUUAUUCUCCCUGUGCUAUUAAAUCUAUGGCUGGGGUUGCCAGAUACGGAGAAAAACAUUUGAAUUUUGUUUUGUUUUGUUUUUGUUUUUGUUUUUAAAACAUUUGAGUUUCAAGGUCUUUCAAGAGAGUUAAUUGGCCAAUAUUCAGCCUAACUAUCAAUAAGACUUUUCAAAAUAAAAGCAUAUAUUUUUGUUUGUAAAGUGCUUAAAAUAUCUUCAAAAAUUUCUAUUUUUUAAAAUUUACAUUUUAUACCAUUAUCAAGAAUAUAAACAUAUACGUAUAGGGUGAACUAUCAAAAUAGUGAUAGUAUAUGUAGUAAGCAGUAAAACUUUUUUGUUUAUCUUAAUAAAAUAAAUGGGCUUUGUAGAAGUGAAAAAAGUAGUGAUAGCAUAUAGAAUUUAAAAAUUAUAAUUUAUUUGUUACUAUUCUCUAAAAAGCAAAAUGAAUGAUAAGUCUUGGAAAUCAUAUAUAGUAGUUUAAUUCUAAUUGCUAUUCAUUAACAGGGAAUAACUGGUUACAAAUGGAAACAUACCUCUCAAUGAAAUUUUGUACUGUAAAUUUCCUUUUACCAUCAGGCACUUACAAGCAAAGAUUUGCUGCCCCUCCUGGACACAAUAAAUAAGUUUGCAGAAUGUUUCAUUUUACUCUAGAUAUGAUAUAUAUAUAUUCUGCUAUUUCUGGUCCCCCAUUUAUAUGUUAAGUAUUUCGCUAAUUUUAUGUCUGGAUUAUUGAUUCUGGAUUUCAUUUUCAUUACCCUCUUACAUACAAGUUGGAUCUUUUCCCUCCCAGAUGUCAUUAGAGUAGCUUUGUAAAGCUAAUUUUGCUUUAUCUCUACCUAUUUUCUGUUAUUAAUUUUAUUUUCCUUUUUUAAUCCCUGUGACCAGUUCUCUUAACCUCUAAUUAUCUUUAACAAAAGUGACUCAUAAUUUCUGCAAUUCAUGUAUUUCUGGAACUGAAAUAUUCUUCAUUGCUAAAAAGAAAAGUACACAGAUGAAUUAUAUAUAUGUGAAUUCCCCAAAGUAAAGCUGUUAGUUGGGAAAGAAGUAUUGUGCUUUUAAAUCCAAUGGUUUCCCAAGCAAAUAAGAUUGAAUGUUUGUGUUCAGUUCCAGAAUAUGUUAAAUUGCAUGUUGAAUAGGGGUUUCUGAGGUGAUUCUGAGGGUUUGAGGAGAAAGAAACCCUUUUGCCUAUGGUCAGAGCUUAGAAAUGGAGCAUCCAUAUUUAUAUUACACCAGUCAUUGAGGGUGAUACACUUAAUUUUAUCCAUUUGUUUUUAGUGCCUACUUUGAUCCAAGCACUUAGCUGGGUUUAGGAAAGACAACAUGUAAACAAAUCACUGUUACAAAAGUAACAUAGAAACUGUAAGAGGGCACAGUGUUGGAAGGGGUCACUUUCAGGAUGAACUUUAUAGAACUAGAGCCAGUAACUUUACGUAAAAUAGUGAGAAGAAACCUGGAGAGGUUAUCAGAAGGAGGAGAAGGGUAAGUGUGCUAAUCACAUUAGACCCUCCAUGCCACAAUAAAGAGUGGGUUUGACAAUAAUGAGAAACCACUGACAGGUUUAGGCGGGAGAAUGGUAUGGUAAACUUUGCAUUUCAGAAAUGUAACUGUUCAGCAGUAUCAAGGAUGAAUUGGAAGAGGCAAGAAGACUGGUUAAGAGAAUGCAGAGUAGAAAAAUCCCCAGGGAAAACAAUGUUGGUGUGAUCAAGGACAGUAACAAUAAUCUGUGAAAUAAGGAAGGAAAAGAAGUCAGUAGGCAAUAUGAAGAGAUAGUAUCAAAAGGACAUGGGCUGCAGUUGUUCAGAGUUGAAGAGUAGACUGUAGGGGUAAGUCAAACUUUUUUUUUUUUUAAUGUAAGAGCAAUAAUGGCAAAAUUAAAACAAAAACAGGAAAUCUAGGAAGAAAGGCUAGCUUGCACGGAAAAACAGUUCAGUUUUGAAUCUAGAAGGUGGCUGCAGAACAUCUAAAAUGCUCUUGGAUGCUCACAUCCUCACUCCCUUCAGGUUUUUGCUAAAAUGUCAUCUCAGUGAGGUCUUCCAAGCUAGUCUUUAAAAAAAAAAAAAAAAAAAAAAAAAAGAUCUCCAAGAUUUCCUUCCAAGCCCUUCUUUAUCUUAUUCUUUUCUAUAAUGCUUAUUUCAUUUAGUUUUCUUAUACGUCUAUCAUGUAAGCUCCAUAAGGACAGAGACUAUUGUCUGUUAGGUUCAUUCUAAUGCUAAGAAUGCUCUCUAACACACAGCAGAGGCUCAAAAACUUCGGGGGUAAAUGAAUGACUGAAUGAAUUCAUUCAGUCCCUUAAUUAAGAAGGUCCCUUAGUUAAUUGUGCUCACAGGUCUAAAGUUCAGGAAAAAGCAGAUGGCUGAGGUUAAUGUUACAGGAUUUGUCAGCGUAUAAGUAAACCUGAAAUCAGAGAAAAAAAAAAAAAAGUGAGCUAACAAAUUAGUAGAGCUAAGAAAAAAAGGCCAGAGACAAAAGCAUAGGCAAAUAGAUAGUUAAUUUGUUUAAAUAAAUGCUCCUUGACUCCAUUAUCUAUUGAAAUCAUUCAAAGCAGAGGUGUUUCCUGUAUUUCAAUAAUAUGGUCAAAUAAUCCUUUUUCUCCUACUGCGCUCUGUAGUAUUCUAGAGAUACACACAUAGAAGAGCCAAAGUGUUGAUUUCAUAGAAGUUGAGUUUUAAAAUUUCUUAAGAUAAAAAUUCUAAAUUUGGGGGCUAAAGCCAAAUUACUUUUGUAUAUGAUUUUUAAUUGGGUCUUAAUAUGCAUUCAUUUACAGAUUUAGUAUAUGAAAGUUCCAGUUAAAAAAAAAGAUGUGUUAGGGGAUCAAAGUUGAAUUUAUUAAGAGAUUUUUUUCAAGAUUACCAUAGCACAGAAAUUAUUACCAAGUUCUAUCUCUUUCAGGCCAGGUUUGUAGCAGUGUUACUGCUGUUGGACCCUUAGCCCGUGGGCUCCUGUCCUAACAUGGCAUCUUUGAUUUCCAUCACUACGCUUCCUCUUUUACUCCCUGCAAAAAAGGCCACAAGUGGCAGAACUGUGGCAUAAAUUUUGCAACAUUUUUUUAUACUUAUACGUAUUUUAGAAAUUGAUUUUGACCUGCCCAUAAUUUCCUUGUAAAUAUUUUUUAGUAAAAUGAAUUUCCAACUAGUGAAGAGCAAAAAGUGAGGAUUUGAAGGGCAACUAAAAAAUGAAUCACAAUUUCACAUGAAGUUUUCAGAACCCUAAAUAAAAGUUGUCUUCAUAUUGACGUCAGUAUAUUUAAGCUUUGUGCAGAGCCUCAGUGUAUGGAUUCUAAGAGAUUUAGUAUUUUCGACAAGUGCUUUUUGAGAUUUUCUUCAUACAUUAUGUGUACUGCUGAUCAACUGGGACUUUAGAAGUUUAGUGCAAAAGUGUCACUGAAAAUUCAUAAUGGUUUCUAAAGGAGUUGAGAUGCAAGUAUAAUAUUUGUGUGUAUUAAGGAUGCCUUAUUUAGAAGAGACUCAAAAGUCAACAGUGCAGUUGGUUAAGAUGUUGGGAAAUAAGAUCUAUAGUAAUGGUCUUGGAAUUUAGCAAGAACCAUCUGAGGACUUACUUAACGUAGUCUUCAGGUAGUGGGUAAAUGUCUCUAAAAAUGAAAAAUAAAUUGGCCGAUUUCAGUAAGGAGCUAGUUAGAUGAAGAAGAAAAGCAUUGACAAAAGAUACUUGUUAAGCUGAAGUAGAAAUGAUAAAGUCUCAUUUGUCAUUUUUCUUUAUAUACCAAGAAUUCUUCCUUUUUAGGAGGUGUUUGAUAUAUAGCAUCACCAUCUGUAUUUUCAUCCGUAUUUUAGAGUGUGCUUUAUAGAUUUCUGAGUAUAAUUUGUAAGGUAGUCCAUUUAUAUGGCAGUAUUUAAUUUCUCUAUUUUAAGAAACAUGUCAGUAUAUUCUGUUGUGAUAAAUAACACUGGGAAGCAAACUGG